AUGGCACGACUUCGCUUCAUCUUUAACAUUGUGAAAGUUUUGCGAUUUCCCUUGCAUUUCUUCGGACUUCUUCAGCUACGUUUUAGUAAAUCUCGAAAACUAUAUCAACAAAAAGCCAACCUGUGCAGAUUUUUACCAGCCAUAUUUAUUUCCUUAAUAUUAUUGUUGCACAGGGCUGUAAGUAGUCAUUGGGAAAAAGAAAGUCAGUUAGUUAACAAUCUUAAUAUUGAAAAAAGACCUCUAAGAAGUAAAACCGAAUUGUGGAACGAAAAUUUUACCAGCCUCUGUUUUUUUCUGACUUUAAUUUGGUCUUUGGUUAAAAAGGAUCAACUGUGGAAAUUAAUAAAUGAGGCUCAACUGGCAUAUAAAAAUCUAAAAUCCCUUCUGGGAAAACAAUUAAUCCUGCAAUGUUCCUGGCUCAUUUUCAUCUACGCAAUUCUCUUGCUGCUUUUGCUAACUAUUUUUGGAGUGCAAAUACUUGUUUUAAAUUGGCCAAAAAUGAAUGGUGAACCCAAAACUAUAACCCUAGCCGAUCUGUUUCAGAUGACCAACUUUAUUAUGGGACUACCUCGAAUAAUGUUCGUGUUGAUUAUGGCGUUGCAUGUUCUAUAUCAUCUGAUGAAUGCAGGAUGGCUUCAAUCCCUGAGGGAGCUAAGAUUGCAAAGGAAUCUUAAAUUAUUUCAGUUCCAAAUCCAUAACAUUUUUUCCAUUCAAAAAAGAAUAAAUAUCUUGGCUGGUCAUUAUUUUAGAAUGUCUUAUAUAUGCUACUUAUGUAUAGUGGCUUUUCGGAUAGCUGAAUUUCUGCAGUCCUUUCGUUUUGAUUCCAAUGAGUUUGUGCAACAGCAAAAGAGCCAAGAAGAUCUGGAAGAUGAAGCCAUCUGGGAUGGCCAGGAAAACUUGACAACUCCCACGAAUCCGCUGAUGAAAUCUUUGCUUAUAUUAUCCUGGCAUUUGGCUUUGUGGAUGUUGCUUCUUGCUGCAGCUUAUUUACAGCAGGAGGAAUACCUCAACAUAAUGAAAAAAAGCUGGAAUUUUAAGUCGGAUGAAAAUGGUUGCGAAAUGAGAGAAUUUCUUGAUGGAAAUAAAUGGAAAGGGGUUGCCUUCAAAGAGUUGGAUAUUCUGGACAUAAUGUUUUUUUCAGGAAUCUGUAUUUGCGACCGUCAACGAGAUUCCAUUUGUUUUAUGAGUGACAGGCUACGAAAAAAGAAUUCCACCUAUCUUAAUUUGGUCAUUAUUGCAGGACACCUUAAGCUCGUUUUAAAUAUAUUAACUUUCGCUGGAAUCCUCUACUUCGUGCAGCAAAUGGAAGUCAGACAACUGCAUAAAUACCUCAAGCAAGAGUCAUAA